GUUUGUUGUCAGGUUCAUGAUCUUGGACUGGAAAGUAGCAUUCUCGCAGUCCCUUCAAGUCACCCAGCUGCCAGGAGCAGAUUUAUUUAUUCACGAGGAAAGCUUCAUCAGCUCCCAUCAGGGGUUAUUUCCAUAAUCAAGAAACAAUCAUUAUUUUCAAAGCCAUUAUUACCCACGAUACUCAGGGAACCCUUUGUUAGAGGAAAGCAAGAUGAUACUGAUGAAUCUGUGUAUGACUUUUUCAAGAGGAGAAUGAAUGAAGAGGUUGCAGAGUAUCUCAGUGACCCAUUGUGCCGAGGGAUUUUUGCUGGAGACACUCGCUUGUUGAGCCUCAAGUCGUGCUUCCCACCUGUGUAUCAGUAUGAGAAUCAACAUGGCUCUAUAAUCAAAGGGGUGUUCUUUACAAAAGAAGCUCCUGACACCACCGUUCUGAGCCCGUUAGCAACGAGAGCCAAGGAGGAACGUUGGAGCACAUGGUCGCUCCAAGGUGGUUUGCAAACACUCUGUGACAAAUUACUUGAAGUACUAAAGCAGCGAGGAGUUGAUUUCAAGAUGAACACGCCCUGUACUGCAGUGAAUUUCAACACUGAUGGCAGGCUGACAGUGGCAUGGCCAAACGAGAAGAUAACAGUAGAUCACGUGAUAAGUGGCAUACCAGCACAGACACUCGCUAACAUUCUACCAGAGGACUGGGAAGGACUCGCAUCUGAGCUGAAAAAUAUUCAUAACACAACAGUGGGUGUUGUCAAUCUGGAAUACGAGGGAAGUGUCGUGCCUGUAGAAGGUUUCGGAUAUUUGGUUCCUUCCUCUGAACCACUUCAAGUUCUCGGGAUUAUCUUUGAUUCCUGUGCUUUCCCUGAAAAUGACAGGCGCAGCGGAAAAACCACAAGGAUAACUGUCAUGAUGGGAGGUCACUGGUUUAAUUCCUUAUUUGGACAUCCUGACUCAGUCGCCCCAGAUCACCUCCAAAGCGUCGCUCAAGAAGCCGCAGAAAAGACCCUUGGCAUCCGCAGUAAACCAACGAGUUGCUUGGUGACCAUUCAGCGUGACUGUAUCCCGCAGUACACCCUAGGACAUUCCGACCGUGUUAGGAACAGUUUUGACUUUAUUGAGCGGCGCAAGUUACCGCUGACUCUGAUCGGUGCGUCGUACAGUGGAGUUAGUGUCAACGAUUGUAUUUACAAUGCGCAGCUCGCGGUAGACCGAAUUUUAGAAUCGAGUCAAGAGACUGAUGUCCAAUGAAACAAACGUGUGCGGUGCCAGAUCAUUUGGGCGAUUUUCGCAUAACCUCAUACGUAAUUACCUUAAUGACCCCUUUUGAUAACAGUGCAAUUUGUCAAGCGGCUUUCGACACUCGUCUCUGAAAUGAAAGAAAAACUUCGUGUCCACUACACCGUCGGGGCAACCACGCUGGUUACGUGGCAACUUGUUGAUGUGAGUAGAUAGAACGCGACCAAUCCAGGGUACAUUUUUCAGUCCUUCGAGACAUUUUUUUGUUUCAUGGCUCCUCCCCGACAAUCGGGGUUACCAUUUUCGGAGAAAUGUCGAAAGCCGCUUGUAAGUAAUUUACGUGUGUCUAUCAUUGUGUUUCUAAGAAUUUCCUGGCUCAAACAGUUUCUAUUCUACGUAUUAAUAUUAUCCCGCAAGCGCUACCAAACAAACGCUCCUCCAGUCCUCCCCCAGCCUGUGAACAGGUUCCGGCUGGUAGGGUCUAACCGUGACUGGAAGGGCCCGGAGAAGGGACUGGCUGAGAUUGUUUUUGUAAUAAACAUCCCUGUUUCAAUAAGCGUCCUUGUUCUAACAAACGCCCCUAGUCCAUACAGCUCAGAUGAAACAGAAUUCGCUGGGCUGAGCAACUUUAAUAAAUAUCCAAGACUUGAUGUCUCCAAAAUAAAUAAACAAAUAAAUAAAAUUCACGAACGAGUACUAUCCAUCCGGGUAUUUU